AUCUGUAACCAGAUUACCAUACUCGGUAUUCCUCUUUCCAGGCACACAACUAUGGAUCCCAGCUACAAGGCUCGCAAAGAGGCCUUCGUGUCUGAUCUUGCUGGUGGCAGCAUUCUUGAGAUCAAUGCUGUUACAUUAGUCGCACCUGCCGCUGCUCUCUUAUGGUCAGCGCUACAAUCACGCCUUUCCUUCUUCACUCCUUACAGCUCAGCAGCACUGGUGACCGACUUUCUGCUCAAUGUACUGGCCAUUCUGUUUGCCACGACUGUCUACUCCUCUGCGCCAUGGACGCUGAACGUCCUGCUGAUCGCCCCCGCCCUCCUGCUGUUUCUCAACUCAAGACCUCCCCGCAGCCAGCAAAAGGCUAAACCUCCCCCGAAACCGACCCAAAGCGAUAAGAAUGCAGCGGACAUGCCCGAAUCCUUACCAAUUCACCCAUUUCUGACAACAUAUCGUGCAGCCAUGAUGAUCAUUACCUGUGUAGCCAUCUUGGCGGUGGACUUCCAGGCGUUUCCACGGCGAUUUGCAAAGGUGGAAAAUUGGGGCACGUCACUCAUGGAUCUGGGUGUGGGAUCUUUCGUCUUCUCAGGCGGGGUAGUAUCUGCUCGCUCUGUGCUUAAGGGCCGAAGCAAUGGCGCUCGGAAGACUCCGGUAUGCCAGCGGCUGAUAGCUUCCACGCGGCACUCGGUCCCUCUACUUAUCCUGGGUUUGGUCAGGCUGUACAGCGUGAAGGGGCUGGACUAUGCGGAGCAUGUGACGGAGUAUGGCGUGCAUUGGAACUUCUUUUUCACCCUGGGUCUUUUGCCACCCUUCGUGGAACUCUUUGACAGCCUGGCUGACAUUGUUCCCUCCUAUGAAGCCCUUUCGCUGGCAGUUGCUGUGUUGUAUCAAGUCGCUUUAGAAUCGACCGAACUGAAGAGCUAUAUCCUUGUUUCCCCUCGCGGUCCAAGUUUGCUCUCCAAAAACCGGGAAGGAGUGUUUUCGUUCCUGGGAUACUUUGCGAUUUUCCUGGCAGGCCGUGCCACUGGCAUUCGGAUCAUUCCUCGCGGCACCACUACCCAACGGUCUCCCCAGCAGGCGAGAAGAGGCGUGCUGGUGACCCUGGGCGUCCAAGCGCUCGCCUGGUCUGCGAUCUUCGUUCUGAAUUCUACCUAUGCACUAGGCCACGGCGCCAACAUUCCGGUCUCGCGCCGACUUGCUAACAUGCCGUAUGUCGUUUGGGUAUCUGCCUUUAACAAUGCUCAACUGUUUCUUUUCUGUCUCCUGGAGACAAUUUUCUUCCCAUCGGUACAUCGGGCAUCCGGGAAGGACGGUGAGGCCGAUCGGGUGUCUUUUGCGACAAGCCGGAUUUUGAAGGCAUUCAAUCGCGGCGGACUGGCUAUCUUCCUGGUUGCCAACUUGCUCACCGGGGCUGUCAACCUGAGCGUCCCGACACUGGAUGUCAGUACGGCCCAGGCGAUGGCAAUCCUCAUCGCAUACGCCGCGGCGCUCACAGGCGUAGCACUAGGAUUGGAUCGGGCCAACAUCAAGUUGGCAAUUUGAAAUACAAGAUGGGCAAAGACAUAACACCUCUCUCCAGAAGGAGGGGGGGAAAUAAUCAGAUUAUAAUGAAGAAU